UUUAUCUGAACGGUGAGCAGCGGCUCUCUGGCUGAACCGGACCGGGAUGCUGUGAUAUGGCCGUGAAUGAGUCCCGGGGGAAGCAGGCAGUGGACCGGCAGCUCCGCGGGGCCGGCGGACAGAGCCGCCGCCGGUGACGGUGCCGCCGUUACCGGUACCGGAAAGCUGGGCGCGCUGUGGUCCGUGUCCUCCCCGCUGUUGGCCGCGCUGUCCCUGCUCCGGUCGCUCCUCUGCGGGCUGUGGAGCCGCACCGUGGCCGCUGUCAGAGCCGCGGAGCAGCCCGGCGGCAGCGGGAGCCCGGAGCGGGGCCAGCGGGUCAGGAGCCACCACGGGCGGGCCUUCGAGUUCAUCUCUGCGGCGCUGAGGAUCGAUGAGGAUGAGCAAGGUGACAAGCAGCAGGCGGUGGGCUGGUACCAGCGUGGGAUCAGCGAGCUGGAGAAAGGCAUCGCCAUCCAGAUCUCAGGAAGCGGAGAGAAAUAUGAGCGAGACAGACGGCUGCAGAACAAGAUGACCACCAACCUGAUCAUGGCGAAAGACCGACUGCAGUCUUUAGCCACAGUGCUCUCCAGGUCCAGAGCUCAGACGGACAUCAACACUGACAGCACUAACCACGCCCACCUGCGCUCAGCAGGUGGCGCUGUCCCGAGGAAGAAAGACUCCGUUAAUCCAGCAGCAUCCAGCCGACUAAAGACCUCCUCCUCCUCCUCGGCAGGCCUCCAUCGCUCAUCAAACCUCAGCUCACAGCGGCGCCCCGCCCACACUAACAGGAACAGUAAGGGUAGAACCAGUCGCCGCACCGUUAAAGUCAGCUCCCCAACGUCGACGCCGCUGAAGAAGAAACACACAAAGAACCUGAAAAACGUAGACGAGAAACUCGCCAACCUCAUCCUGAACGAGAUCGUUGACAGCGGUUCAUCCGUCAGGUUCGAGGAUGUUGCCGGUCAGGAUUUGGCGAAGCAGGCGCUGCAGGAGAUCGUCAUCCUGCCGGCGCUGAGACCCGAGCUGUUUACAGGACUGCGGACUCCAGCCAGAGGUCUUCUUCUGUUCGGCCCGCCUGGUAACGGCAAGACGAUGCUGGCGAAAGCUGUGGCAGCUGAAUCCAACGCCACCUUCUUCAACAUCAGCGCCGCCAGUUUAACCUCCAAAUACGUGGGUGAAGGCGAGAAGCUGGUUCGAGCUCUGUUCUCUGUGGCCCGAGAGCUGCAGCCCUCCAUCAUCUUCAUCGGUACCUCCUCCUCUUCAUCAGUGGGUGGGCCACUCCUGGUGGCCGUACAGUCACUGCAGGGGGUCGCACAUGAGUGGGAUGAAGUGGACAGUCUGCUGUGUGAACGGAGGGAGGGCGAGCACGACGCCAGCCGACGCCUCAAGACUGAAUUCCUCAUUGAGUUUGACGGGGUCCAGUCAGGAGGUGAUGACCGGGUUUUGGUGAUGGGAGCCACCAACAGGCCUCAGGAGCUGGACGAGGCCGUUCUCAGGCGUUUUGCUAAGCGCGUGUACGUCGCUCUGCCAGUUGAGGAGACGCGCUUCAAGCUGCUGAAGAACCUGUUGGAGAAACACAGCAACCCGCUGACACACAGAGAGCUGCGCCAGCUGAGCAGGAUGACGGAGGGUUACUCCGGCAGUGACCUCACCUCACUGGCUAAAGACGCCUCCCUGGGACCAAUCAGAGAGUUGUGUCCAGAACAAGUGAGGAACAUGGACGCCAGCGAGAUCCGAAACAUUUGUUUCAGAGACUUUGUUGAAUCUCUGAAGAAGAUUAAGAGAAGCGUCGGUGCUCAGACUCUGGAGCUUUACGUCCGCUGGAACAGAGACUACGGAGACACUGCAGCUGUUUGAACUCUACACAAACAGACUUCUGAUAAACCUCGUUUUUAAUCAACAGUGUACGAUUUAUGUAGUUUUGCACGAAUGUUUCUACAAAAUAAAGAAACCUCCUCUUGUAUAUUUUGUUUCUUACCUGGACGUUGAAGAAAUUCUUCUUUUAACUCAGUGAAAUGUUUAAAGACGCAAUGAGGAUGAAAGCUGCCUGAAAGAUUUCAUCAUUUGAAUUGUCUAUUUUUUAUUUUAUUCUGUAU